AUGAAGAAACACCAUCCCCACUCGGUGCAGGGCACUUUUAGCCGCCUCUUCGGCAAGAGACACUCCAACCCCACCGCCACAUCCCUCUUCGCCACCAACCCGCCCUGGAUCUUCACGCAGGAGGUGACUUCGGACAGCGCGGGUGGCACCGGUGAUGUGAUUGAGGUGUAUUAUGGUGACAAUCGUUUUGGGACAGUGACAGACUCUGGCACAGCAACACUUAAACCUCGGCCGAGGGUCCGACCGCUGCUGACUUUCCUACCCCUGAAUGCCCAAGAGUCCCAUGGGGUGGCUGUGCCAACACCAUCAGUGCCAGAAGACUUUGAGGAAAAGGCAGCUCUUGGUUCUGGCUCCAAGAUCAAUGGCAACUACCGAAUGUACAGCUCGGUGGGAGACCUGCGCCCGCAGGCUCUCGAGAGGGAUGGUGUGGAUGAAGACAUCCCUCCACCACCAUCAAUACCCCCUCCACCUCCUCCAACAGCACCAGCACCCGUGCCACCACCUCCAGCCUCACCGGUCCCACCACCACCUGAGAUGCUGCCGCCGCCGCCACCACCACCACUUGAGCUGGUGCCACCACCUCCCACCAUGGCAGCUCCACCACCUCCAGCCUCUGCCCUGUCCUCCCCCAGCACACCAGCUCCUCCAGACUUCAUCCCACCAGCCCCACCAGGUGCCUCAAUGCUCAGCCCAGACCCAGCACCUUUCCCCACCGGCAUCUCCAAGUGGAAGUCCGAGACGGUGCUGAACACGAGGCAGGCGGACGCGGAGGGACCGCUCUGCCCUGCCCAGGUUGGGGUGCCUGCUGCCCCCAUCCCCAAGGAGAAUCUGCAGCCCAAGCACUGCCCUGAGCCUCACCUCACCUUCCCCAGGUCUUUCAAGGUGCCCCCACCGACCCCAACCCGUUCCUCCUCCAUCCCUGUGCAGGAGAACCAGCCUGUCCGGCAGGAGCCCCUGCCCAGGCAGCCUCACUCUCGGCCUCCCCUCCCACCUUGCUUCACCAUACGACCUGCGGCCAAGGCUCGUGUGGGAGGAGAAGCUGAGCAAAGGAAUUCUGCACUGAGACAGGUCACCACAAAGCCAGCUGUGCUGACACCCCCUCCACUGAGCCCCAAGCCAGGUCCAGGGCUCAAUCCUGCAGGUCGCCAGUCCCCACUGCCACAAUCUGAGGUGGAGAAGGUUCCCCAGCCGAAAACAGCCGAGAGGGACUCCCCUCCAAAAUCUGAACCUCUCACUGCAAAUGACCUGGAUCUCCCCCCUCCAGACUACCCGACCUGUGAGGAUGACUGGAAUGAUGACUGGAAGGAUGCCAACAACCUGAACCAGCUGCGGAAUGAGCUCUCGGCUCUGCUGCGCUCCCCACGCCGGGAGGAGAGGCCGAUGGAGAAACCACCUGCACCCCAACCCAUGGAUGGUGGUACCAACCGUGCCAGCAGCCAUGAGCCUGUUCUCAGUGAGCCCCAACCUGCCAGACCUGCUGGGAAGGACACAGGGUUAUCCAAAGGAGGGGAGAGUGAGAAGAAAGAGGUGCCCAGCAGCACCCCCAGCACCAAUGGGAGCUCUCCCAGCACAGCAGUCACUGCCCCAGAGAGCAUCCCCACGGCGCCGACCCGCAGCGUGAUGACAAUCAGGAACGAGCUGGAGGCUGUGCUGUCCAUGAAGAAAGAAGGGAAACCUGCCCCAGGGCUCAGCACCCAGAAGCAGGGAACUGAGAAUGGCACCAGCACCCCACAUGUGAGGAAGAGCCCCCCAGACCUAAGGAAGAGCAUCCCAGACACGGGUGACUUAGUGCUGCCAAAACCGGUCCCCAACUCUCUCCCAGCACCGGUGGCUGCUGUGGGGAAGGAUGAGACAGAUGACAAGGACAAGGACCAUCCCACUCCUGCUGCUAGCAAAGCCACAGAGGACUUGACCCCUACUCCUGGAUCCCUCAACAGCAGCAUCAGCACCCCAGACCCACCUCAGGGGCCAGCAGAGGAACCCCCUGCUCCUACCCCUCCCUCACCCCACGUUUCCCCCACACAGAGCCCAACACCACAGCCCAGCACAACCAUCUUCCAGUACAAAGUGCACCGGGCCGAGGCCAGCUCGACCGAGCCACCUCGUGCCCCAGAGCCAGCUGAACCACCCUGUGCCACGAGCUCAGCCAGGAGCCCCCCGGGCACCUCGGGAGAGGGCCAAGAGGAGGUGCUGAUCCACCCCGUGACGGGGGAGCGGGUGGAGCGUGGCUCCCCCAUGGCUCUGCUGCUGGCAGCUCGGCAGAGAGCCCAGCGGG